AUGGUUGGAAAGAGAAACCUCCCAGUCAUCAGCAGAAACUUCGACCUCUCCCCAGGAGUGCUCCGCUUCUCUGCUACCCGACUUCGCCUGAAGAAGGGACAGAAGAAGCCGAAGUUCACCAACUCCACCGUACGUAUUUAUUUAAAACGAAAUCAAUGUUAAUACGAGGUCCAGAGUCACCUCUUCGGCAUUCAAUGCUGAUUGGGUGCUAGGAUUGCUCGAAAAUGAAAUUGGUCGUAUUAUGCAAGUAGGGCUUGCUUCUGCGCUCCCCUCCUUCACCUCAUUCCCAGACAUUUCAGUUUAUGAUAGAAAUUGAAGAAAAAUGAAAAGGUUUUGGUGUUUCUAACAAUUUCCUAUUUGCAGAGCGCCAAGCUUCCGCGCCUCCAAAGAGACGGAACUAAGUUCGCUCUCGGACACUCCAAGACCGUCUCCCUCCGCAAGUCCCUUACCCCAGGAACCGUCUUGAUCGUUCUUGCUGGACGUCAUAAGGGAAAGCGCGUCGUUUUCCUGAAGCAGCUCCCGAAGUCCGGACUUCUUCUCGUUACCGGUUAGUAUUCUUGACGAUCAACAAAUGGCAUCGAAAAGGGACGGGUUUUCCAGCUGGAUUGUUCCGUAUAAUUUUGGUGCGAAAGCGUAGAGAGUCGCAGUGUUACUCUUCUUUACAUUUCCUGUAUCUGGAGAGUGUCAAGCGGUUCCCACAUUCAAAUUCAUGAAAUUCUUCUGCUUUUUAAACAUUUUAUAUUCAUAGUUUGACUAAUCCCUUUUUUCCAGGACCACACAAGAUCAACGGAUUCCCACUCCGCAGAAUCGGACAGUCGUUCGUCAUCGCCACCUCCCUCAAGGUUGACGUUUCCGGAGUCAAGAUCCCAGAGCACAUCAACGACGAGUACUUCAAGAGAAAGUCGACGUCCUCCAAGACCGGAAGGGACAUCUUCGCCGCUGGCAAGACCGAGUACACCGUACGUUUUCGUUCCCGAUUUUCAGUUGCAUCAGAAAGGGACGGGGUUUCCGGCUGGAUUGAUCCGUAUAAUUUUGGUGCGAAAUAGUAGAGAGGUGCAGUGUUACUCUUCAUCACGUCUUCUGUGAACGGAGAGUGUCAAGCGCUUCCCACAUUUGAAUAUUCACUGAGAAAAACUUAUCAGAAUAUUUUGUUUUGCAGGUUUCUGAGCAGAGAAAGAAGGACAUCAAGACCGUCGACGCCCCGAUCCUCGCUGCCAUCAAGAAGCACCCAGAGCACAAGUUCCUCUUCGGAUACCUCGGAACGAGAUUCUCGCUUGGAAAGAACCAGUACCCGCACAAGAUGCAGUUCUAA